GAGAAAUUUCAGAGGGAUAGAAAAAGGAGAGAGCUUCAGAGGGGACAGAGUCUCCAAAACCAAACCCAGAAGACCCAAUCUUCACGGAGCAAACCCAAAAUCUCAACAGCUGAAAGAAGCUUAAAUAUGCUUCCCCAUAUUCAUUUCUAGGGUUUCUAUUUCUUUCUUGAAUUUCUCCUUUUUUGUUUUUCCAUGGGGAACCGAUCGACUCAGCUAUGACCCUGUGAGUCCUUCAGCUCUGCUUCAAUACAGGUUCUCUUUCAUGAAUCUGAGCUGAAUCGGGCGCCCAAUUGGACAAAGAAAGCGAUCCCUCACUACCCAUUUGCCCAAAGCCUCAGGUUAUUUUUGCAUAUAAUCACACCUGCACACACAUAGGCUCGCAUAGAGAAAUUUGUAUAGGAUUCUUGUGUGCUUCUUGUCAUGCGAUUAUCGUCAAAGCAAAGUAAGGCUUCUAAUCGGUCGGGGCCUCGGCCUCGGAAGAAGCACAAGAGGCUUGAUGCUAUAUGUGAGAAGGAGUAUAAGAGAAACCAUGUUGAAGUGAUUGGGGGUAAUGGUGGGGCGGGGCCGGGGCCAGGGAGCUCCGGGAGUGGUGAACUGGAGCUGCGCCGGAGCUCCAGGGCUCGGCGGGCCCCAGUUAUGCUCGAUGUCUCUCCUGCACCACCAAAGAAGCGGCAGAGGAUUGAGAAGAAUGUAAUAUUGAGUGCUGAGAAGAGUGUGAAGGAGGAGGAUUUCGACACGCCGGGAAGUUGGAGAUCGAGGUUGAGAUCAAGGGGUAGAAAUGCGGGUUCAGUGGUAAAAGGAAAAAGGAAGCUUUUUGAAGAGACGGGUGGAGGCAGAAGUGAAGAGAAUAUGGUGAGCACUGAAUCAAAUGAUAAGAAUGGGGGAUUGGAAGGUGGGAGGCCUAGGAUUGUCAAAUCGAAUAGACCAGGGAGGAUUAGAGCAACAAAUAGUUUAGAGCAUGAAAAGAAAGAGAAUGAGUUGCCUGUGAUCAAAGAUGAACUUGUGGAGGAAGAAGUGGAAGUGAUGAGGAAGGAUGAAGAUGUUUCUCUGCAAUUGGAUAGCGAACUUGAUGGUGGGGUUCAAGGGGAAACUGUGAAGGGUGAUUCCACAAAAAUAAUUGAGGCAGGGGAGAAUUUACAAUUAGAGAAGGGGUGCAUUGGCAAUGAGAAUGUGGAAAUUAUGGACAAUGUGGAGACCAUGGAACAUGCUGAUGAACAGGUGGAGCAAUCAGUGUGUGCGGUUCAAGAAGAAAAUAAUGGUAAUCAGGUGGAACAAUUAGGGUGCGUGAUUGAAGGAGAAAAUCAAAGUAAUGCCAUGUCAGAAGCUGUUGGAGUUUCAAGAAAUGAAGUGGAAGUUGCAGGCUGUCAUGAAGGGAAUGAUUCGGAUUUGGCCAAGCUUGAUGAAAAUCUUGCAAUAGAAGUGAACAAUGUGAAGGUGGAUAAGUUGAAAGGUAUGAAAUGCGAUACACUUGGCAAGCCACGCAUUAAGGAGGGUAGACGGUGUGGUUUGUGCGGGGGAGGGACUGAUGGUAUGCCUCCAAAAAAAUUAGUUCAGGAGACAGGUGAGAGCGAGAAUGAGGCAUAUAGUGGCUCUUCAGCCUCUGAGGAACCUAACUAUAACAUAUGGGAUGGCUUUGGUGAUGAACCUGGCUGGCUUGGACGUCUCUUGGGUCCUAUAAAUGAUCGUUAUGGUAUUGCUGGAAUAUGGGUCCAUCAACACUGUGCUGUGUGGAGUCCAGAGGUUUAUUUUGCUGGUUUAGGAUGCUUAAAGAAUGUACGGGCUGCCCUAUGCAGAGGGAGAGCAUUAAAAUGCACCCGCUGUGGAAGGCCAGGAGCCACAAUUGGGUGCCGUGUUGAUCGGUGUCCACGAACUUACCACUUGCCUUGUGCACGAGCUUAUGGUUGCGUAUUUGAUCAUCGAAAAUUUCUGAUCGCCUGCACUGAUCAUCGGAAUCUCUUCCAACCUAUGGGGAAUCAAUAUUUAGCCCGUAUAAAGAAAUUGAAGGCUAAGAAAAUGAAGAUGGAAAUAAGGAAACUUUCAAAUGAUGCUUGGCGGAAGGAUAUUGAGGCAGAAGAAAAAUGGUUGGAGAAUUGUGGUGAGGAUGAAGAGUUUUUGAAACGUGAAAGCAAGAGGCUUCAUCGGGAUUUGGUAAGAAUUGCACCCGUGUACAUUGGAGGCUCCAACUCUGAGAGUGGAAAACUAUUUCAGGGUUGGGAAUCUGUUGCAGGUCUUCAAGAUGUCAUUCGAUGUAUGAAGGAAGUUGUCAUAUUGCCUCUUUUAUAUCCAGAGUUCUUUGAUAGUCUUGGUCUCACACCUCCUAGAGGUGUUCUUUUGCAUGGGUAUCCUGGAACAGGUAAAACUCUUGUUGUCCGGGCAUUAAUAGGUGCGUGUGCGCGUGGUGAUAAACGGAUAGCAUAUUUUGCUCGCAAAGGUGCAGAUUGUCUAGGAAAAUACGUUGGUGAUGCUGAGCGCCAGCUAAGACUCUUGUUUCAGGUUGCUGAGAGAUGUCAGCCUUCUAUAAUAUUCUUUGACGAGAUAGAUGGGUUGGCACCUUGCCGGACAAGGCAACAAGAUCAGACACAUAGUUCGGUUGUGUCAACGCUGCUUGCUUUAAUGGACGGUCUGAAAUCUCGAGGUUCUGUUGUAGUUAUUGGUGCUACAAAUCGUCCUGAUGCUGUUGAUCCAGCAUUAAGGCGGCCUGGAAGAUUUGAUAGGGAAAUCUAUUUUCCACUGCCGUCAGUUGAGGACAGAGCUGCCAUUCUUUCGCUACACACUCGAAAGUGGCCAAAACCAGUUGCUGGAUCCAUUCUCAAAUUGGUUGCAAGAAGAACUGCUGGAUUUGCUGGUGCAGAUCUGCAAGCACUUUGUACUCAAGCAGCCAUCAUGUCCUUGAAGAGGAAUUUCCCUCUGCAAGAAGUUUUGUCUGCUGCUGGAAAGAAAGCUUCUGACCAUAAACGCCUCCCUCUUCCUGCCUUUGCAGUGGAGGACAGGGACUGGUUGGAGGCUCUGACAUGUUCUCCGCCUCCCUGCUCUCGUAGAGAAGCAGGAAUAGCUGCUAAUGAUGUUGUAUGCUCUCCUCUUCCUACACACCUUAUUCCAUGUCUGCUACAACCAUUAUCUACUAUGCUUGUUUCCCUAUAUCUUGAUGAACGGCUCUGGUUGCCGGCUCCUCUCAGGAAAGCUGCAAGAAUGAUUAAAAGUGUGAUGGUUUCGGCUUUGAAUAAGAAGAAGAUGUCCAGUGAUCGUUGGUGGUCCCAUAUUGAUAUCUUACUUCAGGAAGCAGAUGUUGUGAAGGACAUAGAGAGAAAGCUUCUGCACACUGGCAUUUUACUUGGAGAUGAUACUUUUGCUAAUUCUGAUGCUUUUAGUGAUGAUGACGAUGACAACAUUUUGAAGUUUUCUUCAGUUAAACACCAAGGUGGUGCACGCCCUAGUUUGUUGCAAAACAUAUCAGUUGCCUCAACAAACAAAUCAGGAUUUCGAAUAUUGAUUGCUGGAAGUCCCAGAUCUGGCCAAAGGCAUCUUGCUUCUUGCCUUCUUCACUGUUUUGUUGGGAAUGUAGAAGUUCAGAAGGUUGAUUUGGCUACAGUUUUACAAGAAGGGCAUGGAGAUAUGGUGCAAGGGAUAACACAGAUAUUAAUGAAAUGUGCCAGUGUUGGGCCAUGUGUAGUUUUCAUGCCAAGAAUUGACUUGUGGGCUGUGGAGACACCUCUUCAAGUGACAGAGGAGAGUGAUUCUGAUUUAUCAGACCAUCAACUUCCUGAAAAUGAAAAGUCGUAUUUUGUACACAGUCAAGCUGUUGAAGAGGGAAGUGGGUCCACUUCACAGCAAUGCAAAUCAGAAGACAUGGGCGAGUGCCCUGGUGUUGCAUGUAGCGCUUCACAUGCCUGGAACUUAUUUGUUGAGCAGGUGGAAUCUAUAUGUGUCUCUACAUCCUUGAUGAUCCUGGCUACAUCGGAAGUUGCAGAUCCAGUACUUCCAGUUAGAAUAAGGCAGUUCUUCAAGAGUGAUAUAUCAAAUGACCAUCAGUCAAUUCCUGUGAAGCAUACAGUUCCCCGAUUUUCAGUGCAGGUCAAUGGAGAUUUCAACCAUGAUUUGGUGAUCAAUCUAUCUGCAGAAGAGUUAUUAAGAGAUAUAGUUCAACAGGUUGUUCUGUUAAUUCAUCAAACGUCCCACAUCCAUACAAGCUCUUGCCAGGAUUAUAAAACUUUUGGUACAUUAGAAGGUCAAUCAGAGAUGGUUAAUCACAGUCUAGAUCAUGGAUCAGCUGAUGCAAACAACAGUGUAAAACAGGGUCCUGAUGAGUCUCUUCUUAAAGCUCAUCCACCACCUAAUAGAACAGUGAAAGGGAAAUCAAGCUUGCUGCUAGCAAUAUCUUCAUUUGGAUAUCAGAUUCUGCGAUAUCCUCAUUUUGCUGAGCUUUGUUGGUUUACUUCAAAACUCAAAGAAGGUCCCUCUGCUGACAUAAGUGGACCUUGGAAGGGCUGGCCAUUCAAUUCUUGUAUAGCUCGUCCUAAUAACUCAAUUGAAAAGGUAGCUGUUGGUUGUAGCUCCAGUAACAUUAAAAGCAAAGAAAAUUUUGUUCUAGUUAGAGGCCUGAUUGCUGUCGGUUUGUCGGCAUACAGAGGUGUCUACACAUCACUCAGAGAAGUCUCCUUUGAGAUACGGAAGGUUCUUGAGCUUCUAGUUUUACAGAUCAAUGCAAAGAUCCAGGGUGGGAAAGAUAGAUAUCAAUAUGUUCGCCUUUUAUCGCAAGUGGCCUAUCUGGAAGACAUGGUUAAUAGCUGGGCUUACACACUGCACAGUUUAGAGGUGGAUGCUCCAAUGAAAAUGGAAAAUGCUAAGCUAACCGAUGUGAGACCCCCAGAUGAUCACCAUGCGGACGAUCAAGUUCAAAGUGAGGAACCCAAGCCAAAUGGUACUAGCAAAUGCUCCGAUGGGCUUAAAGUGCCAGAAAUUGACCCCCAAGGAUUUGAUAAUGAAAAAGUUGGUAGUGUUGACUUAAAUGAAGAAUAUGGUGAUUUGAGUCAUCCUAAUUCUGAGGGUAGACUUGAAAUUUCUGAUUUGUCUGGCCAGAAAAUCGUCGUAAUGAACUCUACUCUGGAUAAAUCUCUUCUUGAUUCAGACGGAAUUUUGAAUGACCAAAAUGGGACAAGCCCUAAACCACAUGAGCCAGAAAAGGACAAGAACCAUGUAGUUGGGAAUGGCGAUUCUGGAUCCUUGAAACAUUCAAAUGGAUUUGAAUGCGCUGAAUCUGUUGUCAUUUCUGAGGAUGGUUGUACCUGUGAAGAAUUUGGCUGCGUUAAGCUCUGUAGUUCUAGUACCAUCUGCAAUGAGCUUAAUGGUUUGUCCUCAGUGGAUGCUGGUAUUGGACAGAAUGAUGUCAAGUGUGAUGCUGAUAAGCAUAUUAUGGAUGUUGAAAUCUUGAGCAAAACAAGUCUCUCUAGCGAGUCUGGGGUUCUAUGCUUGUAUCGUUGUUGCCCUACAUGUCUAGAUACCCUCCGCAGUUUGACACAGAAAAUUCUUAUUCACAAAUGGGGAUCAAAUAGGAGCCUAUGGACUGCAGAGGAUGUUCAUGAUAUUGUUGCAUCAGUGUCUGUGGAUCUUCUUGCAGCAGUUAGAAGAAUGAAUGUUUCUGGAGGUUCCAGCAACUUAUUGGAUGAUAAAAUGAGAGACGGAAAUAAUGAGAGGUUUGAAUGGCCGGAAACAAUUACAUGCCAUUGCAAAACUUCAGGAAAUAAAAGUCUUUUGCCAGUGGAAUGCAGAUGCCACACCAUCAGCGAGAGCACCCCAACAAAAGAAAAUGCUUCCUCGAAUGCUCAUCUCAGGCUUGAUUCAAACUUUAUUUUCAGAGAUGGUGUACUGGUUCAUAUGGAUCCUGACAAGGAUGUUUCUUUUCACUGUAAAUUCGAGACCCUGUGCCUCUGUUCGCUUAUAGAGUUGAUACUAAUGAGCAAGCAGCCUUUUCAUUGAUUUGAUCAUUUCGCAGCUUGGAUUUGCUUACCUCGUGGCAAAGUUUUGUGCCGUUGCGGAAUUUAGAUGUGAAAAUUUUAUCGAGUCGUUGAAAAUGAAAUUAAUAGUUAUUGGCUUGGUAGGUCUAAACUUUUCUGCAAGUUCCUUUUGGAGUUUUGAUUCUCCUUGAGGAGCUAAUCUCCCUGUAAUUAGCACAUUUGGACACUAUUCUUUCAUUCAUUUUCUCAUAGUUAUAGUUGGACCUGCGAAUUAUGUGGUUUUGUUACGAACACUUAACAAUAAGUUUUUCUUUAAAAAAA